UGUACAGUCUCAUUGUUAUCUGAACUUUUCAUUUUGCUGGCAUUUGCAGUAUCAGCUGGCCUUGUUUCUUGCAAGCAGCUUAUGGCCUUGAGUUUGCUUGCAUGGUGUUUCUUUCCUUUUUCUAUCACUGUGAAAAGUUUUUCUAACACAACAUAGUAAUAGUUUUGUUACUAGCUCAAAUGAACUGAAUUUGGCACUAACCAGCUGAAUCAGAGGGAUAAAAUGAUUGGAUAUGUUAAUGAAAAGGUAAUAAAGGAGACCAGUGGACAAUGCUUAAAGUAAGACACCAGCAAAAGGCCAAAUUAAGAAGUGUGCUCGUAAUGGGGAUGUUGAAUAAAGGAAUAUGCUGACAGGAUAAAAUAUGAAAAAUAUGCUGACUGCAGAAAGACCAAUCCUAAAAAAAGGAGUCAUCAAAGGAGUCAAGUUAAAGAAAAGCAUAAAAGGGGAAAGCAAGAAAGUUAAGUGUUGUUUUCAUCAUCAUUUCCAUCAUGAAUCCAGCUUUCAACACCUGUCUGGAUCAUCCCAGCCAAUGAUGCACCCUUUGCUUCGGGAACUGAGUGGCCAUCUUUUCUGUAAGGCAAAGUAACAUCUGGGAUUGGGAUCCUCAUUGCCUGGCAGCCGGCCAUCUCUCCGAGGUGUCCACUCAGUUCCUUUGGCUGCCCCCAUAGCAAGUGUGGAAAAGAAAUGGAACAAGUGAAAAACAUCAGCUGGCGGCUGAAGAAUGCAGACAGGUAAAAGACCAAACGAAAAGAAUCCAUCCCAGAACAGCAAGAGAACAACAUCAAUCAACCUUCAAGGAAGAACACAGUGACUACACAGCAAAAGCCCAGAGACUGGGUGAAUUGUCAAGGCUAUAAAAGAUGGGCUGCCAGAACACAGAUACACCUCAAGCUUUUGUCACAGAGGGAGAAAAAAAUGAAUAGAGAAUGAUACCAUGGACAGAAGAUGAAAAUGUUGCAGUUUAGUUACAGCCCUGAUAACUGCAACUCCUUGGAAACAUUCCUACCCACUGAGUCACAGCAGACGUAACCCUCAACGCUCCAGAAUUUAAUAGCAAAAACAAUCUUGCUCUGGGAAGACUGGAAUUCUUUGCAUCAGCUAAGACGAUUUAACAACUGUCAAUUCUGCCCAGAGAGUAAAGGAAUGAAAUAGUAGAGCUUCUCAAGAGCUGGCCAUAAGCUGUAAAACAAUUACAUCUAAAGUUUCCUCAGAAUGAAGAUACUGGUGUUGUUUACUUUUAUCCUUGUGAAUGGGUUGAUUAUGGGCAUUGACACUUCGACUCUACAGAGUUGUUUGCAAGAGCAGCUGAGGCUCCAGGCUCAGGUGAGACUUCUGGAACAUCGUGUAAAGCAGCAGCAGGUAAAAAUUGUGCAGCUCUUACAGGAGAGGGAGAUUCAAUACAGUGAUAGGGGAGAUGAAAACAGCGUCAUUGACCUGGGAGAAAAAAGACAGUAUGCAGAUUGUGCUGAGAUUUACAAUGAUGGAUAUAAGCAAAGUGGAUUUUACAAGAUGAAACCUCUUCAGAGUCCUAGUGAAUUCCUUGCCUACUGUGACAUGUCAGAAGGUGGAGGCUGGACUGUUUUUCAGAGACGUUCUGACGGCAGCCAGAACUUUGAUAGAGUAUGGGCUGACUAUGAACAAGGUUUUGGAAAUUUUGUCUUGAGAAAUGGUGAAUACUGGCUUGGAAAUAAAAAUCUUCACUAUCUGACCAGUCAAGGAAACUAUACUUUAAGAAUCAAUCUAAUUGAUUUUGAAGAAGAACAGCGCUUUGCACAGUAUACAAACUUCAGAGUUGCAGAUGGAGAGAGUUCAUACUGGAUGACUUGUGGUGAAUACUCAGGCACAGCUGGAGACUCCUUUACUGGGGGGUUUCACCCUGAAGUGAAAUGGUGGGCUGAUCACCGAGGAAUGAAAUUCAGUACACGAGACAGAGAUAAUGACAACUAUGAAGGGAACUGCGCUGAAGAGGAUAAAUCUGGCUGGUGGUUUAACAGGUGUCACUCUGCCAACUUGAAUGGUGUGUACUACAAAGGACCUUAUACCGCAAAAACAGACAAUGGAAUUGUUUGGUACACAUGGCGUGGGUGGUGGUAUUCUCUGAAAUCUGUUGUCAUGAAGGUCAGACCAGCCGACUUUGAGCCCAAUGUUGUUUAAGUAUUUAGUUAAGGUGAUUUAUCCAGUUAAUCUUUUAACAAAUUAAGUCAACAGGCAGUUUUUUUUCUGAUUUAAAUCUGAGGUAAUUUCAUCCAAAUCAGUGUUAUUUAGAUGCAAAUGAGAGCAGAAUCUGGCCGUAAGUCGGCAGAUACAAAGACUUGUAUUAAUAAACAUAUGGGAUUUUUAAAAAGGCAGGGCAAACGUUCAUCCAGGGUUCAUGGCAGCUUCCAUUGAUGUAGAAUCUGAAAGGUGGCAACAACUUCAUCUCCCAAGAGGCACAAUGAGGCCACAACAUCAGGAGUGCUCAGGGAGGAGACAUAUUCCUAUGACUUGCUAGUGAGGAUGGUGUUGGAAAACACUGUAGGAUUCAAAACUGCGCACAAUGGCAGAACUGCUGAUGGAUGGCAGGAGUGGAACCACCACCUACCUGCACAUCCUGAGAAGAUGAGAGAUCAGGCUGGUACCAGAUGUCCAGCUCGUAUUUUCUUAUGCCAGUAGGAAUGCCAAUGGGGGUGGGCAGGGUGAUUUGGCACAUGCUCUUUAGGAUUUUUUCACUUGAGAAUGAUUUUUAAUUACCUAAAUCUUUGCACAACAGGUAGAUGUUGCAACAUAGAUCAACUGUAUUGUUUUAAAAAUCAAAGUAUGAAUAUUAUAUACAAAGAUCUGUGUUAACCUUAAGACUAUAUACAGACAUGUGGGGAGGUUAGAUCUCAUUAAAAAUGGCCACCCAAUCUAAAUGAGUUUGCCCAGGUGAGGACCUUACACUUUGAUCCCUACUUAGGUUGAUCUAAGUGCAAACUGCACAGAAAUUCCAAACAGAUCAGUCUAAAAAUGGCCCACUGGAUCUAAGUUAAGCGUACAUUCAAGAUAGUCUAACUUAGAUCGGAUCCAGCAAGACCGAUCUAACUGAACCUCUCUACAGUUCCCAGUGCAGCCCUAGGGCUGCAAAAGCCCAGCUGCUGGCCCCAGCCCUGGGGCUGCCCUUUCCCUACCUGUCCCCCCGGCACUAGGUUAUUUUUAGCUCUCCUGAUGCCUCCCCUCACCCCCAGAUGGCCAGGUCCCCCCACCAUUGGACCAGCCAACAGCCCCCAGCCCAGCCCAGCAACCUCCCAUGCCAAUUGAAGUAAGUCUGGGGGGUGAGAGGAAGGGGUGGAUGGGAUGGGUGUGGCUGGUUUAGUAGAGGGGGGUUGUUUGGAGGUGAGGGGAGUUGGGGCGCUAAAAAUUUCCCCUGUUCUGGGAGCGUGACGGCAAGAGCUCUCCCAUCCUCCCAGGUCUCCCUGCAGACCCUGCAAACCCCCUGAUCCCACCAACCCCUCACAGUGCCUCCCACAGACCACACUUGCCCCCCCCCCGUUUCCCCCAAUCCCUCCUACAGACCCUGCUUGCCCCUCCCCAUCCCCCUGUGGACCCCACUUACUCUCCCAAGCCCCCUUGUGGAUGCUAUCUGCCCCCCUCAGUCUCCCCCCAAAGCCUGCUUGCCCCCCUGCUAGCCCUCCAUGCCAUCUUACCUUAGAUUAGGUGGCUAUUUUUAAUUUUGUCUAACUUCCUCUUCACCUCCCCGAAUGUCUGUACAUAGCCUAAAACUGCCUCAUUCAGAGUACCAAAUGGAUCUGCUCUGGGAAUGAGCCAUGGCUUUGCAGAAUGGAAUUGUGUGAAAACCCCUGACGUAUUUGUUGAGGGUGCUGGGAGAAAGAGUAACGAAUACAGCAAAGGACUACAGAACAAAAAAGGAUGAUCUCAGGGUUGUGGCAGUUGAAUGUCACCAUAAAGAACUGGAUACUGCUCCUCUCUGCCACAGUGUUACUAGGUGGUGCUGGGAAAGUCACUUAAACCAAACUUUUCAGAGUUGAUCAUUAGGGCAGUGAUUCUCAACCAGGGUGCCACAGCACCCUGGGGCACUUUGAGAUAAUUUCAAGGGCGUUGUGUUUCCACUGUUAUGUAUGCAAACAUGAUUCAAAAGAUAAACCCAGAGAUUUCAAAUAGGAAUUCACAGUGUUAAAACCAUUCUGCCCUGUCUUUCUAAAUGCUUUGCAACAGAAGAACUGUGCUAUUAUUUUUCUGUAGUCAAGAAAUGAGUGUAAACUAAGAUCUGACAUUUUCUGAGGGAUACCUUGAGAAUCAAGGGAUUCCAUGAGAAUAAAAAGAUUGAGAACCAUUCUAUUAGGGCCUGGUCUAUACUACAAAGUUUUAGCAGCCUAGCCAAAUUGCUAAAAACUGUGAAAAGAUCAUACUUUCUACCUGGCAAAGUUAUCCUAGUAAAACACCUAGUAUAAAUGAACCUAAACUGUUAGAAAAUGGGUUUGAUGGCUUAGCUACACCAGAAAAAAGUCUAGUACAGGGGUAGGUAGGCAACCCCUGGCACACCAACAUCUUACAAGUUGAGGCUGCAGGUGUUUGGCACUCUGCCCAAAAACGUUGCUGGCCCUUGAUCUAGUAUACCUAUGGCAGCUGAGAACUGGUAGUAUAGACAAGCUAUAACGAUGUGUUCCUCAUGUUUGAAUAUUUGACAAGGCUCUGAUCUGAUUUGCAGAUAUGGGAAGCACUCACAACUGCAACUGAAGUUGGUGAGAUCUGUACUUUGAACAUAAUAAGGCAUUCCAAAAAGACACUGAAAGAAAAGGGCCACUGGUGUCCAAGAUCAGGCACCUAGAAUUAGUAGGCACCAUGUGCACAGCAUAAAGUGGGAAGCUUGUGUGAAAAACUGGUAUAUGAAUAUGUAAUUAAGAACUACAUCAUAAUGCACAUAAACAAGGGAGAGCAAAGCAAAACAUGGGAACACUUAAUUUUGGUAUUCUGUAACUUUUGAAUGCUUGAAUGCCAUCCUGCUUAUUCUUUUUCUCAUUUUUUGUAUACUUUUCUUUUUUUCUUAAACAGAAGCAGGCAAAAAUAGAAACUCCAUCAUGAAACAGUGAAAACCACAUGGUUUAUUGGAACCUUUAGAGAGCUAUAGCACAAAUUCUUCUACUUCAGCUAAUGGAGUAAAUGGUGGUGGUAGAAUUCAUUUUGUAGACUGGUCACCAGAGAGGUGUGGCCCUGGGUUUUACAGGCAGCAGAAGAACAAUGGGACUCAGGAAUUCUGGGUUCUAUCCCAGAUGCUAGAGAAUGAUGUACUGGUAAUAGCAUUCCCAUAUCCUAGUACCCUUAUUCUUUUUUGCAUGCCUCUGAUGAAGAUAUCUCUCUCCUCUCUUUUUUGUCUCCUCACCUAAUCUGUUUCAAGAUACAUCCUUCAUGGUUGCUCCUAAUCUAAUGACCUGUCCCCAGUUAUUCUCAGGCAUUUCCUCUGAGUCCCGAUCUUUUGGUCUUAAUUCCCAUUAUAGUCCUUCAUACUCCUCAUCCCUCUUCUACUAUCCUCUCCCCCUCUUUAUCCCAACUUUCCUGCUCAGCUAGCCCUAAUCUUUCUGUAUCCUGCCCCCUCACAGGUUCUGCAUCCAAUCUUAAAUUUCAAACUACUGUCAGCUUCCUAUCAGAAUCUUUUUGUUGAGUCCUAGUCUUUUCUUUUGAUAUAAUUCCACCUUUGCCUUCCUCUUCCCUCACUCUAGUCUGGUUGCUCUUUCUUCUGCAGUUGAAUUACACAGUCUUCCCACCAGUACUUGUCUCCCAGUCAGGGGAGAAGUGAAAGCAUGAGGUAGUGUUUUCCUGUUCUCAGUUUUGGUGGCAGCUACCACAGCAGACUGCAGUAUCCAGAAACAGUGCAGGAAAUAUCCUGUUUAGUCAAGAGACAGAGCUCAGGGAAGACAGAAUCUCUGGAAAUUUACCAAAUCUCAUAAAUUUCUACUGAGCACGUACAAACUGACAUUGUUCCCAGAUUUGUAACUUGUCCACGUUUCAGACUGAUUUCCACAGGAAUAGCAAAACACAAAUCUGUGACCCAUGUGACACGUUCCUGUUUCAGAGCACAGAGGUGCUACAGCUUACUAAAUGAGUUGUAAGACUUAAAAAAGAAACAAAUAGGGGGGAAAACAAAAUGUUUUGCCCUGAUCUUGUUUAGGAAGGGGCCAAACAGUUUUUGUUGGAGUUACCCCCAUAAAAUCUUCAACCCAAAACACAAGCCAGAAAGGAAAAUGUCACCCCAAACAGUUAGAAUUAGGCAAAUUGUAACCAACACUUUUUUUUAUGAAGAAGUGUCAGGCAGCAUUAACUAUAAGCAAUGCUACCAGCUCUGCCUGAUCCUACUAUCAGCAUGUUGCAUGUAAAACCCUGAUUGAUUCCUGUACAUUUGCCAUGCAAUGAAUGACUUUUGGGUCAUCAGCUUUUUUCAAGAUAUUAAUUAAUAUAUACUCUUUAGAUACAAUAUCAUAUCUUUAUACCAGUUCUCUAGUUCUAAUUUAUCCUAUGUAGGGUUGGAUAUUUGACCAGUCAAGUAAAGUUCAGUCAGUUGACCUGUCAAAUAUCAGUCAAAAAUUGCCAAUGGGUCUAAAUAAUGCACAGAAAAAGCACAUAUUUUCCAUUAAGAAAUGUAUAAAAAACAAUUAAACGUCAUAUUUCUGUCAAGAAAAUUACAGAAAAAUGUAGGUUUUUUGUUAAAUAGCUAUGAUCUUUGGUCAAAAAAUAUGCAGUCAAUUGACCAGUCAGUUGACAAUAUUUGACCAGUCAAUGCACCAGCUUGCCAACCCUAAUCCUAUGUUAGUGGGAAGAGUAUCUGAACACUUCCAUUCUGCCAUUGCACCAGGCAUAACUGAGUUAAUUUAAAAUGGAAGCUAUCUAAUGCAUCUGCAAUGUACACAGUAUACAUAUUCUGAAUUCUCACAUCCAGUUGGUCACAUUAAAUUUACUUGAAGCAUGGGAAUCAAAAAGAUGGAAUUCAUAUGAGAUGUAAACCAAGCUAAAAUGUAGAUGUGAUGAAUGCAAGGAUUUUACCAAUAUUUUCUUCCAAAAUAAAUCAAAGAUGGCUCUCAUUAGUUUCAGAAGGGUUCAUGGAGCUAUGGCCAAAAAAAAAGAAAGUUACACAAGGUUCAGGUCCUGUUCUUAUAUUCCCCAUCAGUCAUAAAACAGAAAUUCUGUAAAAGUCCUAGCAAAAAUCUCAUAAAAUACAGAUUGGGAUUUUCAUAUGUUGCAUCAGGGUUUUACCCACCACAUAGAGUCCUGUCCAGCUCAGCAUUAAUCCUCAUUUAAAUUCCUUGUAGUACAACACAUUAUACAUUGGGAAAUAAGGAAGGAUGGUCACCAGGUUGGGACACACAUGUAUGACACACAUGUGGGUGCAGGGAGCAAUACUGCCUGUAGCCAGGCUGGGGCAUAACAGUUGUACUCCCCUCCCAACUAGGAGCCUGACUUAUCCUGAUGCUAGCAGUCAACACCUCCAUACCCAGUUAUGUUUGCUUUUGCCUGGAUCUUGAAUAAUAUAGUCUUAGACCCCAAGCAUAUUCAUAAAGUUUCUUGUUUCUUUUUAAAUGGAGAAAAUAUGCAUUUUAUUAUGUAACAAUGCACCAUGCUACCUGCACCCCCUUUCCAAAAUCCUAUAUCCAUCUAUGUCAGUAUCCUUGUCUUCUGCUAUCCCUCCUGACCUCCAAAGGGGAGGGAUAGAGAGCAACUGGCUCCCUGGCAGCUUCUGAGCUUCAGCAAGAUGCCAUGGAGCCUUGCUGGGACCCUGCUGCUACAACCGCUGCAGGAACACCAACCAUCGCUGCAGUGUUGGCUGCAGUGGGAAGAGCUGCCACCUCCAGCACUAUAGGAGAACUGCCAACAGCUGGUGCACCCACAGUGGCAGCUGAGAGGCAGCCUCAGCUGUUGUUUCUACCAGCAUCAGCUGGAGGCAACUUCUCUGCAGUGGUCGUUUUGCUGACAGACUCACAUAACACAGGAGGAGAAAAGAAACAGCCUCCUAGCUGGAGAGCAUAUCUUUGAGGCAACUCUGUAGUGUUCCAGCCAGGAGGCUGUGAAUUAUACGCUCAUAGCUAACAUUGGAUCUAGGAUUUUCAAAAAGGGGGUGCAGAUCUGUGUACUGUGUGAGUGGCUAAUUGGCAAACUGGAUUGGUCAGCUUAUCUGCAGUCAGGGUGUUUUUGCUGAGGGCUGGGGAGGAGAACAGCAUACAGAGGCAGGACAACUUUCAUCACAGGACUGAAGAGGCUGUGCAGGACAGGAUGGGAAAGAUGGGGCUUCACUGACAAAGUGAGCAUAGGAAGAACCAAAGUGGGGUACAAUUGCAUCAUCACACACCCUAGAUCAGCCCCUGCCCAUAGCAUUUUAUUUCUGUAGCACUGCAAAGUGCAGAGUCCAUUGCCUUACUCUGGCAAAGAGGAGAUAUAGAAAUAAGGAAUCCAGGUAAGACACUGAUGAGUUCAUUAGGAAAGCUGAUAAGUGGAAAAAAUGGCACAAUGCUCAAAUGCUUCCAUAUGUUUUAGAAGAACUUUUGGCUUAGGUUAGUGCUUAUGUAAUAACAAUAAUCUUUUAAAAGCUAAGUAAUUCUAUUUAUCUAUCAAUAGUCCUUCUAUAGGAAAUUCCCAGACUGUAGCAUCACUGCAGGUAGACCAGUGUACAAUCUAUUUAUACGCACGUAGUAGAAUAAUUUAAUAGAUCAAGUCAAAUAGAAAAUCCACAGAAGACCAAAAGAUACACCUAUGUAUAUACAUAUGUACACAAUACUUAACACCCAAUAAAGCCUUCAGCAAGUAUUCACAACCCCUUUUCCUCCUUAAACUCAGUAUGGUAUCCUGUAUCACCCACACAAUUAAUCUCUGUAUUAUAAUUACACUUAAGAAUAAAGCUUCUUUUUUCCUCCAAAAGCAUAUAAAUGCAUUCUUAAUGCAAGCUUAUAUUUUAUUUUAUUUCCUAUUGAAAUUUAAAAAUGUCUUUCCUUAAUCUGAAAUUAUGAAUGUUAAUUCUCUGGAAAUACAUGAAUGAUAUACAGAAAGUGUGGUAAUUCCUUUUGCACUUUCCAGAGGAAAAUGGAAGGACAAAUACUUAAUGUAGCUACUGAGCUUGAUCAAAUUACACUUAAUGUAAAUGGAAGGCAUGGAAGGUUUGAAUACAGAAAAAAACCUGCUCCUAAAUUUGUACUGAUUGUACUGAUAAAACCUUCAAUGAUUUAUUGAGUUUACCGUAAAAUGUCUACAGCCUUUUAACUUACAGCUAUGUUAACAAUCCUUGUCAGCUGAACUAGAAUUGUUAAGGUUGCUAACAUUUCAAUAUUAAUGUUCAAUAAUGUAACAGAGAGUAAAAGUUAUUUCCCUUUUCCUUGUUGGAAAUAGUAUAAGAAAAUGUAUUGUAGGCUUAUGUGCAACAUGGUUGCACAAAACAUUUUUUUUCUGUACAUUUUAUUUUUACUAUUAUUAACCUGUUUCUUCCCUCCCUUUUUUAUGGUCUGUCUUAAAAGUGUAAUAACUUCCACCUGCAUUAAAAUGGACCUGCAAAUUGUUUUAAUUCAAACUCAAUAA